GCAUACGCUAGGCUCCCUACCUGCGUAUUGCACUGCUGGGCAGCAUAUUUGGAGGGCCGAGGUGCCGUUGAUAUUCUUUUGGAUAGUGGAGUGGCAUCAUCCUGAGCGAGUCCUCCGUCAGUUUGGGAUGAAGCAACCAGUUCCAAGUGUCGUGGAUACGUCGACUACCCUUCACAAGAUAUCCCUUCAGGGUAAAUGGGAGAAGAACUGGGAGGUAGAACAUGAUCCCUUUAUUCGGCAAUGGGCCAACCGAGUGAAUGUAGUUCGCGGGUCCGAUCUCCUAGACGAUGAUGAUACGUAUCUCGUUGAGUACAUGAUGUGGUACAAUCGCCACACAAGGCGGUACAUAACACCAGAGUCUGCGUAUUGGGAACUCAUGGUUCGGACGAUGAUUAGGUCUAUACCGAGGUGCGAUGAAGGUUCUGACAUGCACACUGACCUUACAUUUACACUAGAGCUUGUGGAGGAGCUAGGCUGACUUAAAUUGGCGAAUGCGCUUGCAGAAGCAGUUGACAUUGAUACACAGGCCCCAGUUCGUGGCGGGCAACGUGGUGGGUCUCGUGGGGGUGGACAUCGUGGAGGUGGUCAAGCUGGUCGCAGCCGUACGACCGAGUCGGCUCCCAUCUACGAGGAAGGGAAUGAGGAGGGUGUAGAAGAGGCAUGGCUUGGCACUGAUUGGGUACUGUCUGAU